AUGCCGUCGCCAGGUACCGGUGAAGGCAUGCACGCGCGACAGCUGCGAAUCGCUCGCGUAUGCACCCAGUACUACGAGGACUACCAGCAGGGAGGGGACUACUUUGCGCCGGAAGGAGAGGACGCGGGCGAGCCGGUCGUUGGCGGCACUGUGAACACAUACGGCUCUGCGGACGUCGCGGGGGCGACUGGGGACGAGAUCCCGCCCGCGAACACGCAAGAGUACUACCCUCCGCAGCAGCAGCAAGGCUACGUGCCACCGCAGCGGACGCAGCAAUACAACCCGCCUCCGCCUCGUCAGGCGCCGCCGCCUCCCCCUCCUCAGCCGCGCUACCAGCAGGAACAGCAGUACGUGCCUCAGUACCAACGGAACCAAGGCUAUGUGCCACAGUAUGGCGGCGCGCCACCGCCGCCUCCGCCUCCGCAGCAGGCGCAAGGAGGCGGAUAUCGACAGACUCCGCCUCCUCAGCAGAGAGCGCCGCCUCCUCAGGCUGCGCAGGGCUACGCGCAGCCGCCGCCCCAGGCCGUGCCCCCCCAGGGGGGGUACCAGCAGCCCGGCGCCGCGCGGGCCCCCCCGCCUGCUGCAGCCCCCGCUGCGGGGCGCGCCCCGCAGCAGCCCCCCUCGCCGCCGACUGCUGGGUACCAGCCACCGCGCACUGCCGGUCAGCAGAAACCCGCGCCUGGAGCCCCGGGCACCCGACAACAGCAACAGGCGCCGCCCCGCACCGUCCCGCAGCAACAGCAGCAGCAGCAACAGAGGGCGGGUCAAGUGCCCCAACAGCAGGCCCGCGCGGUCCCGCAGCAACAGCAGCAGCAACAGAGGGCGGGCCAAGUGCCCCAACAGCAGGCCCGCGCGGUCCCGCAGCAACAGCAGCAGCAACAGAGGGCGGGCCAAGUGCCCCAACAGCAGGCCCGCGCGGUCCCGCAGCAACAGCAGCAGCAACAGAGGGCGGGCCAAGUGCCCCAACAGCAGGCCCGCGCGGUCCCUCAGCAACAGCAGCAGACCCGCGCAGUCCCUCAGGGCGGCGCGAACGGCAGAGCCGCGGCGGUGCCCCAGGGUCAACAGCAGACCCAGCAGCAGCAGGGAAGAGCCCAGCAGCAACAGGGACAGCCGCAGCAACAGGGACAGCCCCAGCAACAAGGAAGAGCACCGCAGCAGCAGCAGGCGCGAGCGUCGACGCCCACGGCGCCGAGGGCGCAGUUGGGACCCGUUGGUCCGGAAGACGAUAGCGAAGAUGACGAGCUCGUGUUGGAGGAGAAGAUUCGCCGCGACGAUGAGGGCCAGCUCUUCGAUGAUGAGGACGAGAGCGAAGGGCAUGCCUCGCUCAUGGAGGAGUGGGAGAAGCACAUGCAGAAUUUCAUCCCUGAUAUGUUGGUGACGUUUCCUCUGGCUGCGCGGAGUGACGAGUACUUUUACGAGAACAUAGAGGAGAGCGACGGCGUCGUGCACAUCCGCGGAGGGUUCUUUGUUGGUGGCGAAGAAGGUUCCUCCUCUGUGGACUUCUCCGUCACCGAUCCAGACGGCGACGUCAUCUACAAGAAGAGCAAGAGUGAGGGCUUGUUUUACUUCAACGCGAAAAAGAAGGGCACGUACUCCUUCAUCGUCUCGAAUCACCAAUGGCUUGAAACAAAAAUGGUGACCUUCGCCAUCGGGCGCGGCAACGAGACGGCCCUGAUGCCGAAGCACGUGCAGACUGCCGGCGAGAUGGUCGACACGCUGCAAAAUCAACUUCGAGACAUUCAGGCGGAAACGACGUAUCUGUGGAUUCGCCAGCGCUCGCACGCGGAAGCUGCGGCAGCUCUGCACUCGAAGCUCUUCUGGCUGGCCGUCGUUGAGUUCGCAUGCCUCAUCACCACCUCCGCUUUCCACGUCUUUUACAUUCAGUCUCUCGUCUCCGACAAGCGCAUUCUGUAG